AUGCCCCUGAUCGCCUACUGGCAGCAGCGCGGUUACGGCGUGCUGACGGUGGACACGCGCGGCAUGGCGCACCGCGACCGCGAGUUCACGCGGGCUCACCACCGCAGCUUCGGCAAGACCGAGGUGGCCGACCUGUUCGCCGCCGUGCGCCAGCUGCCCGGUCUCGUGCCGACGGUGGACCCGGCGCGCAUCGGCUUUUUCGGCUGGAGCUACGGUGGCUUCCUCGGCGCCCGCGCGAUGCUGGAUGCCGACACGCCCUUCGCUGCCGCCGUCGCCGUCGCGCCGGUGACGGACUGGACGCUGUAUGACACCGCCUACACCGAGCGCUAUCUCGGCAUGCCCGGUGCCGGCGGCAAGGCACCCGCCUACGCCACCGGCCACCUGCCGUCACGCGCGGCGCUGCUGGCCAAGCCGCUGCUGCUCGUGCACGGCACCGCCGACGACAACGUGCUCUUCGAGCACACGCUGCGCCUGGUGGAGGCGCUGCAGAACGCCGGCAAGACCUUCGACCUGCAGAUCUACCCCGGCAAGGCCCACGGCAUUGCCGGCCGGGCGACGCGCUUGCACCUGUACCGCACGAUGGACGCCUUCUUCGACCGCCAUCUCAAGACCGGACAUUGA